CCCAAGUGCCGCUUUCUUGAAAGAAAUGUCGCAACACCAUUGGCAUGCCCAGCUUGUUCCGGGCCCCAACCCGUAAUAUUGGUACCCUCCAGCAGGCAUUCCUCUGCGGAUCACCCGUCUCUGUGGCUUUGGGCGCUCCAUGCGCUUUGCACCACCAUCUCCUGUCGCACGCUUCUUUUCUGUGGUCUUCCAGAAUCGGGUUGUGCGUGACAAGAUGCUCGACAUCGUCCAGUCUGUCCAAAGCUAUCAUCGGCGACGGGACUGGAGAUGGCGGGUUUGAAAGCGUGAACAAGGUGAAGCGAGGACCGGGCAUUAGCAUUGCCAAAGAAGGGCCGGGACCAGAGUAUUCAGGCUUGGACAGUGUUUCUUGAUGCAGGAGACAUGCGUGGCAUCUCACCCUCCAAUGCCUCCUGUCUGAUACUAUCUCUUGUCUCAAAAGUGGCCUUCACCACAAUUUGAACCCCUGAGUUGGAUGGUGGUUAACGGGUGGGGGUUGCUCUUGACUUGUGAUGGUUGGGUGCGGCGGAAUGCCCUCCCGAUCUUACUGUUAAG